UUUAUUUUAGUUGAUCCUGGGAACUUUUUCAUCAGCCGCCACUUCAUUAUUGGGGUCGCCACAGUUCUCUUUUCGCUUCCUUUAUCCUUGUUCCGUGACAUAGCAAAGCUGGGAAAGGUAUCCCUUAUUUCUGCAGUUUUAACUUCAGUGAUCCUGAUAUUUGUAAUUAUUAGAGCAUUUACCCUUGGUCCAUACAUAACAAGAACAGAAGAUGCCUUGGUUUUUGCAAAGCCCAGUGCACUUCAAGCAGUUGGUGUUAUGUCAUUUACAUUCAUUUGCCACCAUACAAGCUUCUUAGUUUAUAGCUCCCUGAAGGAACCCACAGUGGCUAAAUGGUCUCGAGUCAUUCACAUAGCAGUCGUGAUUUCUACAUUUAUCAGUAUCCUAUUUGCUACCUCUGGAUAUCUGACAUUUACUGGCCUUACACAAGGAGAUUUGUUUGAAAAUUAUUGCAGAAAUGAUGACCUAAUUAAUGUUGGACGAUUUCUUUUUGGGAUCACUGUCAUUUUGAGUUAUCCCAUGGAAUGUUUUGUGACCAGAGAGGUAGUUGCUAAUGUUUUCUUUCGUGAGAACCUUUCAAAAAGAUACCAUGCUAUAGUGACAACAGUCAUCGUUAUUAUGGCUACAGCAUUGUCAAUGAUUGUUGAUUGUCUUGGGAUCGUGCUGGACCUCAGUGGUGUCCUCUGUGCUGUUCCACUUAUUUUUAUUAUCCCAUCAGUUUGUUAUCUGAAACUCUCUGAAGAAAGAUGGUACCACCCAGAUAAGAUAAUGUCCACUGUGACUCUUUUAAAUGGUGUGGUUGUGAUGAUAGUUGGAUUUGUCUCCAUAAUUCUAUAUCCUGAUGACUGCAGCCAUGGACAGGAAAUGGCCUAUUGUUUAUCCACAAAUGCCUCUUUCUUCAAUAACUCAUUCUCUUCUUUUGAACCAACAAUACAGCCAUCUGUUUUGAAUACAAGUACUGUCCAGUAAUCUAGUUGCUAAAAUAAAAAUAUGAUAUAUUUUAUGUGACCUAUAAGAUUUGACAAUAUAUGUAAUUAUAUUUCUCUCUGUUGCCUUAUCUUGUGUUCAGGAGAUCCCUUUUUGUACCCUGGCCUUUACUCAUAUUUCAGUGUCUUUUAUAUUGUGUAUCACUUCCUCUCUUUUGAAUAAAGAAGUAGAUUUGCCUGAAUUUUGAUUUUGCAGUAGGACAUGUCUUUGAAUGAUUGUUAAAAAUAGUGUGAGAACUGGAGUCUUUAAAAAAAUCUACUAGCUCCCCCAAAUGAUCAUUUAUUCCACUAAUCUUUGAACUAGCAUAUUGUUCUCUGAAAUAAAGAAUGGAAAGUAUGA